GGCAGGUUGACGGAUGGAUUAUUCGGCAUUUGGAUGUUCUAGCCCCCGUAGACAGAAAAGAAAGAAGAAGAAUAGACUAGUAGGCUAGGCUAGAGUUGGAUUGGAUUUUUACUUUGGGGGUUUUUUUUCUUGGCCUUGCAUGGAUGCCAAAGAAAGAGAAGGAAAAUCCCUGACAAUGACAUUCAGUCUUGGGAUGAUAUAAUUAGUACUAGUUAGUAUGUCUUAACUUGACUCGCUGGCGUUCUUCUUUCUCUGUCUCUCUCCCUCCCGACAGUUAGUAUGGUAUGUCUAGAAAAUCAAAGACAUCGUGGCUAUAAUAAGGGAUAACACGGAUAUUUUAUCCACACCAGUACACUGGAUGAUAGUCAGUCAGUCAGUGGGCUGAUCAAGGUCCAGAACAUGCAACUGCUCUCUGCCUUACAGGCUGGGCUGGGCUGGCUAUACCUGCUGUAUACUACUAUACGGUGUGUGUGUAUGAUGCUGCGGGCGCUGUUGCUCCGUCCCAGCCAUUACAACAAACUCUCCAUCACCAACCGACCGACAGACCGACCGCCCGACCCCCCCUUUCUUCAACUUGCAAGUACUUAUCUACUGACUAAUAAAUAUCUAUAAGUUAACUACUCUAUCUGCAAAACAGCUAAAUAAAAGUUUAAAUUUGUUACUUUAUCCUCU